AGGAUGUGAGCUCACUCUCGCCUCCAUAUUCGCGCCGCCGUCAGGAAGCGUCCGCCCGAGGUCGUGGCCCGCUCGCUGCCAACGGGCCGGCCUGGGAGUCGGCAGUGCGCCCAUCCCCUCCGGGUGCCGGGUGCCGAGCGCAGUAGGGGACCCCCUGAUGAGCACGGAAUGAAGGCGAGUGGCGAGGGCCCCCAGCCCAGUGGCGGCACCGGCUGUGGGGCCGAAGCAGCGCCCCCCUGGUAGACGCCGCGCCCAGCGCGUUUCCGGCCGGGACACGUGACCGCGCACGCACCAGCUCCGGCCUCUCCGCGCCGCCGCUCGGAAGCUACUCCCGGCUGCCUCGGCCGAGGUCCACCUAGAGUCCGGGCUGAGCAGAACCCAGCCCUGGGGGCGAAGACGCAGGCGCCGAGCGUCGCGGAGGAACACGCCCUCCGCCAUGAACCCCAGGGGUCUGUUCCAGGACUUCAACCCGAGUAAGUUCCUCAUCUACGCCUGCCUGCUGCUCUUCUCAGUGCUGCUGCCCCUCCGCCUGGACGGCAUUAUCCAGUGGAGCUACUGGGCCGUCUUCGCCCCCAUAUGGCUGUGGAAGCUACUGGUCAUGGCGGGUGCCCUGGUGGGCGCUGGCGUUUGGGCCCGCAACCCUCGCUACCGCACCGAGGGGGAGGCCUGCGUGGAGUUCAAGGCCAUGCUGAUCGCUGUGGGCAUCCACCUGCUGCUGCUUAUGUUCGAGGUCCUGGUCUGCGACCGGGUGGAGAGAGGCACCCACUUCUGGCUGCUGGUCUUCAUGCCACUCUUCUUUGUGUCCCCUGUGUCUGUGGCCGCCUGUGUCUGGGGUUUCCGGCAUGAUAGGUCGCUAGAGCUGGAGAUCCUGUGCUCGGUGAACAUCCUGCAGUUCUUCUUCAUCGCCCUAAGGCUGGACAGGAUUAUCCACUGGCCAUGGCUGGUGGUGUUCGUGCCCCUGUGGAUCCUCAUGUCGUUCCUAUGCCUGGUCGUCCUCUACUACAUCGUCUGGUCCUUGCUGUUCUUGCGGUCCCUGGAUGUGGUUGCGGAACAACGGAGAACACACAUGACCAUGGCCAUCAGCUGGAUAACAAUUGUCGUGCCCCUGCUCACUUUUGAGGUCCUGCUGGUGCACAGAUUGGAUGGCCACAAUACGUUCUCCUACAUCUCCAUAUUUGUCCCCCUUUGGCUUUCGUUGAUAACUUUAAUGGCCACGACCUUUAGGCGGAAGGGGGGCAAUCAUUGGUGGUUCGGUAUUCGCAGAGAUUUCUGCCAGUUUCUGCUUGAAGUUUUCCCAUUUUUAAGAGAAUAUGGGAAUAUAUCGUAUGAUCUCCACCAUGAAGAUAGUGAAGAUGCUGAAGAAACAUCAGUUCCAGAAGCUCCAAAAAUUGCUCCGAUGUUUGGAAAGAAAGCCAGGGUAGUUGUAACUCAGAGCCCUGGAAAAUAUGUUCCCCCGCCUCCCAAGUUAAAUAUUGAUAUGCCAGAUUAAACUCCUCUUCCAGGGAGUGCCCACAAGUGGAAUGGAAAACAUACACAUGUAGAUUCCACCUUG